AAGACGCAGUUGGCUCUUCAACAGUUGACAUCAGCUGCCUCAAACAAUUCUACACCACCUUAUGCUUUGUUAAAUCAGGCAUUCCUGAAAAUCGCCAUGUUUAAUCCCAGAGGAAACUUGCAUCAGAGGCCAAGAGCACCUAACCCAUCUGGCUCAAAACCUCCAGGAGCUUUUAGGGGAGGUGGCAUAGCAGGUCUUCAAAGAAAGCCUGCACCUGGAACACCUCAAGGAAUUUCACAAAGAUUUGGAGGACAUGAAAAUUUACAGCGGACAGGAUCACGAAGAACUAAUGUUCAGGUAACUCAACACCGAACCGAUCCAAGGCAAGCAAAGGAGAUGGCAGACUUACAGGAAGAGCAAAAGGAAAAGGUUCGUACUUCACGUUGGGAUAACAAUCCAUGUUCAACUGGAAACACCAGCCGAAAGCACCCUGUGCCAGCCCGGAUCACAGAGCAGAAUACAAAUGUCCAGAGCCGUUAUACAACAGAGAGUGCAUCAAGUAUUUUAGCAAGUUUUGGAUUAUCUAAUGAAGAUCUGGAGGAACUCAGUCGCUACCCAGAUGAUCAGUUAACACCUGAAAACAUGCCGCUAAUUUUGAGGGAUAUACGAAUGCGUAAAAUGAGUCAUCAGUUACCCAAUUUACAUUCUCAGAGCAGAGAAAAAGAAACAGUUGGUGGAACGGGUGGUUCAACUGUUAAGAGCAAAGUGAUUGAUUAUGGGCACACAAGCAGGUAUGGAUACACUGAAGAUCCUCUUGAGGUGCGUGUGUACAAUCCUGAAGAACCAGCUGAAGAGAACAGGAAAGAAUUUCAACCGCAGCAAACUAUUUCAGUUCCAUCAUCCAAUGUAACAUGUAACCCAGUGUUUCCAGUUGAGGAAUUAAUGAAACAGAUGGGUUUCCAUAGUGAUUCAUCCAAUACUCAGUCAUUUUUUCCAGUUGAUGCUACAGGCAAGGUGCCAGGGUUAUGUAUGACACCUACAGGACUCCCAAUGGUGAAACCGAUGAGCCAGCCUGGGAUGCCACCUAUGAUGCCACCUAUGAGCCAGCCUGGGAUGCCACCUAUGAUGCCACCUAUGAGCCAGCCUGCGAUGCCACCUAUGAUGCCUCCUGUUAUGCCGCCUGUGCCCCAAUCUGUGAUGACACCCAUUGUCCAGCAGUCUUUGACCCAGCCACCUAUGGCCCAGCCUGUGAUGCCACCUAUCAGCCAUCCACCCUUUUCAGCUGAACUUCUUGCCGCUGUAAGACAUCAUGAAAGGAUUCAGCAUGAAUCUGGGACUAAUCAGUCUAAUGCACAGAUUGGCUCAGGUCAGAAGAACUUCCAGACACAAGUUGAAGCUCCUAUUAAGUCUCCUUUUGGAAUUGUGAAAGCCUCUUGGCUUCCAGUGUUUUCACAGGCUGCUGCCCAGAAGGUAAAGAGACUGCCAACUCCAUCUAUGAUGAAUGACUACUAUGCUACAUCUCCAAGGAUAUUUCCACAUAUGUGUUCUCUGUGUAACAUGGAAUGCACUCAUAUGAAGUUACAAUUGAAAGAUUUCAAGGAUUGGAUUCAGCAUCAGAAUAAUCCUGCUCACAUUGAGAGCUGCCGUCAGUUACGUCAACAGUAUCCUGAUUGGAAUCCUGAGGUCCAUUCUUCAAAGAGAAAUGAAGGCGAGAGAAAAGAAAAUCAGACCCCAAAGAGACGUUCCAACUCUGCUAGUCCUGGUCCUAGGCAUUCAAGAGGAUCAGGCUCUGGCCAUAUUCUUCGCCGAUCCCGAUCCCGAUCCAGGAGCCCUGGCCGUUUCAGGCUACCUAGACCAAGAAGUCGAAGUCCAAGGCAGAUGCGUCGUCCUAGCCCUAGACACAGAUCUAGGUCACCACAACGAUCUAGAAAUCCUUUGAGGUGUAGUCCACGACCCCAAAGAUCUGCUAGCAAUGAAUGGGCAUCAAGGAGGACAACUAGAUCUCCAGACAAAAAGGCAGCGUUGGAGGCUGUAGUAAAAAGUUUGGGACCCAGUUUCGUUGCAGAGUUCAAUAAACAGAAAUCACUUCAAGCAGCUGGACAAGGGUCCUCAGGGAUAGGAAAAGCAUCACCUGCACAAGGGAUUUCAGGGGUAGGGAAGAUACAUGGAUCUGUGAAAAAGCCACCAAGUGCUACAGGUCAUCACAAGACUUUGAAGAAAGAUUUAUCAUCUGUGUCUGGCUCAGCUGCUUCUAAAAUGAAAUCUGAAACUGCGGGGGUGCAAGAAAAGAAAGAGAUGAAUUUUGAUGGGAAAGCUGCAAAGGAAACCAAUGUUCCUCGUCCCGCUCCUUAUAACAGACUGUUGAGAGAGAAGCUUUUGAGUUGUGGCACAGUUCUCCAUAUAUCGGAUUUGCCGGAUGAUGGCUUUUCAGAUCAAGAUAUUAAAAAAAUUGUUCAGCCAUUUGGUAAAGUUAGUGACCUCCUGGUGCUUCGCUCUAGAAAUGAGGCCUUCCUAGAAAUGAACUACAAAGAGGCUGUGAUAGCAGCUGUGAAGUAUGGUGAGACAGUGCCAGUGCUGGUAAAUGGGAAGCGUGUGAAAAUAAGCAUAGCCGAAAAACCAAAAGCACCUCCUGGCCAGGUCAAAGUAAGUCUAAAGAAGACUCCACAGAAUGUAAAGAAAGCUACAUUGAGUACCAAAAAAGAUGGAAACAGUACUACUACUAAGAAGACUAAAUCUGCUACUUCAGCUGCUUCUGCAGGUAAACAUGAAGUAACAAAGAAACCGGCUGUGCAAACAGAUAGUAAAACUAAGAAAACUUCAACCACUUCAGCAAAACCUAAUGAAAAGAAGCGUAUUGAUCCUAAGAAGUCUGCAGAAUCCAAAAAGAAGGAUGCAAAACCUAAGAAAGUCGCAGAACCGAAGCGGGCUGUGGAGACUAAGACGACCAUAGAAUCUAAGAAGGCUGUAGAGGCUAGGAAAACCACAGAGCCUAAGAAAGCUGGAGACGAUGAGGCCAAAGAAAUUAGUAAACCUAUAGCUGUGCAAGAGAAAAUUACACUAACUUCUACUCUGGAGGUGGAAUCAAAUCAGUCUAUGGAAUCUGUAGCCAACAAAGAAAAUCUUGAGGCCAAGAACACUGUGGAAGUGAAGACAGCUGAAAGUACCAGGAAGGAAAAUGCUUCAAAAGCUACUGGAGAGACUACAAAGAGCGAAGAACCAAAUGAUCCAGCUAGCAAGGAACUUGAUGACAUGUGUGUUGUUCUUAUUUCAAACUUACCUGAUAAAGGAUAUUCUGUUGAGGAAGUUUCCAACCUAACAAAGCCAUUUGGAGGACUGAAAGAUGUUUUAAUUUUGUCUUCUCAUAAAAAGGCAUAUCUGGAAAUAAAUCAAAAAUCUGCAGAUUCCAUGGUUAAAUUUUAUACCUGCUUCCCAAUGUCAGUGGAUGGAAAUCAGCUUUGCAUUAGUAUGGCACCAGAAUACAAGAAUAUAAAAGAUGAGGAAGCUAUAUUUACUGCUAUUAUUAAAGAUGCCAACUCAAAGGUAAAUACAGAAACUUUAUAUAAUCAGUUUGUGCAUCUUGGUAAUUUACCAGAAGAUGGAUACACAGAACUUGAAGUAGUUUGCGUGGGACUUCGAUUUGGGAAAGUGGAUCACUAUGUUGUGUUGAAGAACAAAAAGAAGGCAAUUCUUCAGCUAGAUAGUCCCGACUCAGCUAAAUCAAUGUGCUGCUUCCUAAAACAGUACCCAUAUAACAUGGGUGAAAAUACACUGACUUGUAUGCUAUCACCAAGGAGAGAACUUGCAGAGGAUGAAGUUACAAAAAAAGAGCUGAAAAACCAAGAACCAAGUAAAGGAAGCUCUGACUUGAAAAAAAAACCAGAGGGAUCAGGAGUGGUGCAAACAGCAGCUGCUAAUCCUCCAGUAGAGACUAGUGUGGCAAAGGAAGAAAUCAUUUCCAACUCUGUCAAAGCUGAGACUUCAACAGUGCAGAUAGAAGCCUCUGAGUUGGAGCCUGAAAGAACGGUACGUGAUUCUGCUACAAAACCAUCGGAAGUUGAAACAUCCAAGGGGGAAUCUGAAGUUGCAGUUACUGGCUCAGAAACCAAACCAGCUGAUGAUGAAUUAUCCAAAGUUAAAUCAGAAGAGAUCCUGCUGCCUCCUUUCAACCUUCAGAAGGAAGAGGUAGUUAAAGAUAACUCUGAAACAGAAUUAUUGGAAUCUGCUAUCACAACUGUAACAGAAAGAGAAACUAAAGUGAAACCUGAAGAAUUGCGUGUUCCUGCCAGUGGAUCAUCAGAAGAGUUAUCCAGUGUCGGCAAGCUAGAAGAUGUGCAGUCGGACUCUGCUGUGAAACCAGCAACAGUGGAAACAGCUGAGGCUGUUUCUGAAGCAGUGCCACCUGAUUCUGCUGCAGUUUCGGUGGAAAUGCUGUCAGCUGAAGAUAUACAACCAAGCAACAAAUUGGAUACUCCUGUAAAAAAUGCUGUUACUGGUACAGUGGAAAAUAAACUUGAAAUACCUGUGGCCAGUGCUGUGGUGUCUAUAGAGAAGAAACCGGAAAAGUCAGUGACCAAAGUUGGGACAGCCUUGGAGAAGAAACUGGAAAAGUCAAUGGCUAAGAUUGGGACAGCCAUGGAGAAGAAACUGGAGAAGCCUGUAGCCAGCACUGGGGUGGACACAGAGAAGAAACCCGAAAAGCCUGUGGACAAUGUUAUAACAGACAUAGAGAACAUUGAAAAAAAUGUGCUUAAUGAAAAGAAUGAGCGAACUUUAAUCAAGGCACAUCAGAAUAAAGGACCGGGACAAGUUAAAAUAGAUGAAACCAGCAAAGCAAGUGUGUCAGCUGCAGCAUUUGUAUCCAUCAAGGAACCUACCUCUGUUGGUAAAACAAUCUUAAAGGCUGUGGUGUCUAUCCCUGAUAUAUCAAAGUCAAGAGUUAUGAUGCGGAGAAAUGAGACUUCUCUAACUAAAACAGAGGAGCAGAAAGCUUCCUCAAAACCUGAGACCAGAAGCCGAUCUGCUACUGAGAAGAAACUUUCAUCGAAAGAAGUGGGUCAGCCAAGAGCUACUGGCAGCAGAUCAGGUCUGCCAGAUAGCGUCACCAAAUCUAAACUGGACAUAAGUCCUGUUCUUGUAAAGGGAGGCAGUGGGAGGAGUUCAUCUCAGCAAGACAAGGACUCAAGAGUGGAAUCUAGGGGUAGUUCAAAGCAGUCUCAAGAGAGAGAGAGUAGAUCAUCCAGCAUGAAGAAAGACGACAACAGCAAUAAGAUUCCUGCUGGUCGAAUUAGUAAGACUUCUAAAACUGUCUCUAGUGGCAAUGUAAAACCAAAAGAGGAAGAAGAGCUUUUCCCAUUUAACUUGGAUGAGUUUGUUACUGUGGAUGAGGUUGUAGAAGAGACAGACUCUCCUCUUCAAACCAGACGAAAUCCCCCCCGGGGGAAAAGAAAAGACUCUGCUAAAAAUAACUCUUCCUCUGAGCCUGUUGCUAAGAGGAAGAAAGGUAAAAGCUCCAUAGCACAUGUUGAUGAGAGCGAAUUAUCCUUUGUCACUUUGGAUGAGAUUGUAGAAGAGGAGGAGAUGACUGCACAACUGGUAGGAGACUCCAAUUUAGAAGCAAUAACAGACCCACAGAGUCUAGUUACUGUGGAUGAAGUAAAUGAAGAAGAGGAGCUGAUUUCAGAAGCAGUAAAAGACCCACAAUCACUUGUUACUUUAGAUGAGAUAUCUGAACAGGAAGAAUUUUCUUCACAUGAUUUACCCAAAGAUGUCUCCAGUUCAGUUUCAGAGGAGCAAGAUCUUCUGAAAGCAGAACCCUUGGUAACUGUGGAUGAAAUAGGAGAAGUUGAAGAGCUCCCUCUAAAUGAGCCUUCAGAUUUGAAUAUUGAGGAGACCUUAAAACCUAAGGAAGAGGAUGAUAAAAGGGCUAUUGAGGAUCCUGGAGACUUUAUCUCUUCUCAGCUGCCUGAAGAUCCUAGUACUUUAGUGACAGUAGAUGAAAUACAGGAAGACAGUGAUGAUCAGCCUCUAGUAACUUUAGAUGAAGUUACUGAAGAUGACGAAGACUUUUUGGCAGAUUUCAACCGUUUAAAAGAGGAACUAAACUUUGUUACUGUAGAUGAAGUUGGGGAGGAGGAUGAAGAAGAAGAAAAUACUUUUAUAGGCACAAACCUGGAAGAGGAGGAUAUUGUUGCAAUUGCAGGACCAGAAGAAAUGGAAAUUCUGGCAGACAUAGGGCGAGAAGGGGAGGAUAUUUUUGCAAACUCAAAGUCAGAAGAAAAGGUGACUCUUGAAGCUGACACAAAGGAAAUAGAAAAUGAGACCCUUGUAGCAGAUAAACAGGAGGCAGACGAGGCACUUUCAGCAAAUACAGAGGAGACUGAAAAAGCUGAAACUUGGAACAAGACAAGUGAAAAAGAGAUCAAAGGAGAAACUGAGAGUGAGCAGCAGUCUGCAGAGCUAAGCCUGAGCAAAGCGCAUGAGUCAAAUGAAAUGGGGAGACAAACUAAGAACAAGCAUCAGCCUCCAGUGAAAACCCCAGGCAAAAGAGGUAGACCUAGGAAAAGACCAGUUGUUCCACUGCCUGAGACACCUAUUGAAACAGAGCAAGAAAAGUGUGACAAGAACACUGAGGAGACAGCAGAUAAAACAGAAUUAGUGGAAAGCUCAACAUCUGAUUCCAACAAGGAGAAAAUAGGAAAGGGAACCUUGACUACCCCAGAAUCAAAUAGUUUGAGUGAAGACAGUCAGACUACAACCGUUACAGAUUCUGUAUCUAGUUCUUUAUUACCUGAUCUAAAUGCAAGUCUGCUGCCUGAUGCAGAUAUAAAGCAGGAAGGCUGCAGUGAGAUGCCUUCACAAUCUUCUGAAAAACCUGUGAAAGAUGAAUUGGGAUCAGGAGAUACAGAACCAGAGUCUAAACGAAGAAAAGUGGAUUCCUCAGCAGAUAAAUUGAAGACACCAAGCACUCCAAAAGGUUUAGAUUUUCUUGUUCCAAAGGCUGGCUACUUCUGUCAGAUCUGCUCUCUCUUCUACGCAGGUGAAAUGUCUAUGAAAAAUCAUUGCAAGACACUGCGUCAUCAGCAGAAUAUGGAGAAAUUCAUGGCCAAGCAAAAGGAUGGGGAAGAUGAGGAGGAAGAUGAGGGGGAAGAACUUAGUUCCAGGUGAUCUCAGGAGGAGAGAAGAAUUCUUUAAAACAAUUUAAUUUAGGGUCCAGUAAAUUUUGUGUCUUUUGUUAUGGUUUAAUUUGUAAUUUUCUUUCAGAAACAAGCUCUGAUGUUGUAUAAAUUUGAGUUCAAGGUAGACAAAGACAGAAGAAAAUGUAUGGUGGUUUUGAUUUCUAUAUCAAAUCAUCUGGCUUGGGAGAGAACUCUUAAGUGUUGAAAUAAAUGUUCUUACUGUAUAGUUAACACCAUGUGAUUGUGUUUGGUGUAAUUUCAUGUUUAGCAGUUUACUACAUCACUGUAGAGGAUUUAUGGAAGCUCUUCCAGAGAUCCACAUUUAGUGUUUCUUUGCAGAUCUUCGCUAUUGAAAUUUCAAUCUUCACAUGUUUCAUGUAGAGUUGGGUGAAUUGUUUUCCGAGAACAGUAAAUUGAUUGAAAAAAAUAUUA